AUGGCACGAAAUACUCUGGCAGACUCUGUUCAUGGAGGUCCUGGUGAUGGAUAUGAUAUCAGCGAAUUUUUUCCUACAGCGGAUCAUGGCUCUAUUCUAAUUACAUCCCGACUCCAGGUCUUAACUGAUCUUGGAACAUCUUUCCCGAUCCAGAAGCUUGGAACGAAGGACGCCAUCGAACUGCUCUUGCAAAGAAGUGAUGUCACUGCCUUUGCUGGUUGUCUCGAUGGGUUGCCGUUAGCCAUUGUCAUUGUAGGAGCAUAUAUGCAUGAAACUGGAACCAAUAUCAGUGAAUAUUUACAGUACUACCAGAAAUCCUGGCAUGAUCUCUAG